CUUCGUAAAAUGCAAUCACAGAAUUAUUACGACGUGAGAGAAAAUUGAGCUUCGACCAGUGAUUCAAAGAAGUGACGACUUGAAACAUGUGCGGAACUUUUAUCUAACCAAAAAAAUUUCCUCUGAUUACUUGUCGAAGGUUAUUUCACUAAGAAAAAAAUUCCAAUUUUUCACAAUUAUUGUAAUGGAGCAUAAAUUUCAGUUAAGUUCCAACGAUGACUGAAUUUUUUCGAGUUUUUGCCGAAUUAAAAAAUUUCCAAAUUUCAAUCAAUUCGAAUUUUGACUCAAUUUUUUUUCGUUCUCUAGCUGAGCGCAUAACUAUAGCGAUAGAAAAACAUUUCCAUAGACGCCUUAUCGGUCAAACCUUCUCAGGGGCGAAUUUUAAUCUUACCCGCUGAUUUGCAAGAAACUGCGGGUACCUAAUGCUUUCAAGGAGAAUAGUGUAAUUAAAAUAAUGAACUUGGAGUCAACGAACUGUCAUUUGGUAAGUUGAGUUGUCGGUAGAGGCGUAAUCGUCGCGAGUAACAUCCCAAAUUUUUAAAUUCGUACGAAAUUCUGAAGCCAACAAAACAAUGCCCUGAAUCCAUGGCAGUUAUGUAAAUUAGAUCGAAAAAUUUGCGAUUUUUUUCUAGAAAUCUCACAAAAAGUUUUUUUGCGUAAUAUUUUUAUUAUUAUUUGUAAAUUCUUGACUUUUCUGUAUGUAGAGUACAACCGUAAAAUUUUUCAAGUUUUGGUAAAAUGUCUGUAUAAAAAUUCUCGAACGAUUUUCAAUUAUUUCAUUUUUACUGAACUUCUCAUUUUCGGUGUUUAUCGUUUACGAAAAUGUAAAUUUAGAGUUUUAUUUCGAUGUUUUGAAAAAAAGCAAAUAAACAGGUGCCGUGCAGCGUGUGAUCGUACAAAGAAAAUUUUUUGGUUAUGUUGUUUGUCACUUGCACCUGCGGGUAAGAGGACGAGCACUAGCACUCAGGGUCAUAACACAGCAGCAGCCAGAGUGAUAUGAAAAAUGGCGGUGAGAGGCUAGAGAGACGGUAACCAGGAGAACGUUCAAGUCAGUGACCAAAGGGAUGGUUCUCGUGACGGACGUGUUGACUCGGCUCUCUCGCAGGUCUCGUGGGCUUCUGUUGCCCCUAAAUUUCGAUUUUUUAUUAUCUCAGGAAAAAAAAGCAUCAUAAAAUAUUUUAAUGAAAUAAUCUUAUCAACCGAAAAAGAUUGGAAUGAAAUCGACGAGUUUCUUCAUUUUCGCGAAAUUUUCUCUCGGCUGAACGUUCGCUUAACCGUCAUUUUUCGUGAGUCUUUCGAGAUUUCUUCGGCCAAAAGAAAACCUCGAAUUUGCCAAAAGACUUUGGAAUAUGAACGAUGGUGAAAAUGAGAGCGGACGAAGAGAUCGAGCUUGAUGCGCCGACGGAUCAUCGAUACUCGGCCACAAGCACGAUCGAGCUCAACGCGAACAGCAUGGAGUGCGAUGAUAAUUUCGGUGUCGAGGCUGAACUCACCAGCCUCUCGUGGCUACAAUCUCUCGACAUCACGAGCGCCUCGAGCCUCCCGACGCCACCGUGUUCGCCCUCGCCACCGCCGGUUCUUCGUCGAGCCAACAAAAAAAUGUCACCUCUCCUCAAAGCUGAACUCGAUCUGGCAGAAAACGCUGAAAAGUAUCAAAGGAAUCCCGAUGCCAAACCUCCGUUUUCGUACGCAACUCUCAUUUGUCUAGCCAUGAGAGCCAACAACAACAAACUCACGUUGUCGAACAUAUACGCGUGGAUACGUGAAAAUUUCAUGUAUUACAAACACGCCGAUCCCGCGUGGCAGAAUUCAAUAAGACACAAUUUGUCGUUGAACAAAUGUUUCGUGAAGUUGCCGAGAUCGAAAGACGAGCCGGGUAAAGGUGGUUUUUGGAAAUUGGAUUUGGAGCGUUUGGAAGAAGGAAAAAGGACUCGAAGACGGGUAUCGGCGUCGCGACGGAGUCGUGCCACGAAAAAGAUCCCUCCGAGCAACAACAACGACGAAAACGAUCUUUGCGAUUCGAAAAAAUCGCGAAUGGCCCUGUACGAGACUCCUCCGAGUAGCGUUUCGCCUCCCAUUCCCGACAGCCUGCCGGAAGUGCCUGAAUCCGUCCAGGUCAGCCUGACCGAGGACGACCUCACGGGACUUUUGAUCGCAACUGUUGGCUGGGACGAGAAUCAGCUCGAUCUUUUAGAUUCUUUGUUGGACUCACUGUAAAAAAAAAUAUGAAAAAAAUGAACCAAAGCGAAAAUCAACACUCAACCAAAAAAAGUGCUUCGGUUUCAAAAUGAACCCGAGAAAAGUCAGAAUGAGCUCAAUCUUUUCGAAUCACCAAGAAAAACGAUGGAAGAUAGAAUGCAAAAAAAACCUGAGAAUACAUAAAAUUCAUUUGGUGGAAAAAAAGUUUUGUCGAUUCAUUCAAAAACGGAAUUUACGAAAUUUUGGAUUUCCUGAUCCAAACGAAAAAAAAGGAUUUGAUGGUGUAACGAAAAAUCACGCGAGACCAUUUUUUUCUUUUUUUCAACAAUCAUGAGUCACGCUUUUGGAUACCGAUUUUCAUGGGGGAUCAACUGCAACAGAGUUUCCACACUUUAUUCCUCAAUUUUGAUUGAUAUUUUGCAAAAAUCAAAAAAAAAUGUUGUAAAUUUAAUGAAAAAGAACUUUUCAAUCAAUGAAAUAAUUAUCGAUAGAAAAAUAAUGAUUCUAGAGAGAAAAGCUGAGUUUACGAUUAAUUUACAAUUUUAAAGCGGAAUUGAGAAAAAUCCUGUAAGCAAAUUGUGCCUUUAACGAAAAAAGAAGCUGAACAUUUAAACGAUCGUUGAGGUCAAGAAGUUAAUCAUUUUUUUCAACUAUGGGCAUGUAAAUGAAAGUUGAGGGAAAAUGAAAGUAAAAAGAUUUGGCUACGUCAGGUUUGCUCAAAAUUCAAGGAAAGGGAAUGUUCCAACCUUUUUUUUCAGAACUGGCCAACGUAUUAAUUGUAAAUAUUUAAAAAAGGGCUCAACGAAAUGGCAUUGUAAUGGCAGUUGUUAUCAUUCCUCGACUUACCGAGAGAAACCAAAGAGUAAAUAGAAUACAUGUCUGAUGAAUGAUAAAAUGAUUAAACGAAUCAUUACCUUAACGGAGAUAUAAAUAAAACUAAAAGUAAUACUAAUUAUUAUAAUAAGUAUUGUAGAUUAUUAAAAAAAACGUGGUAGAGCGUUCGAGCAAUUCGAAUUUUUCAUUUAAAUGUACAUUUACAGUAUAUCAUACGAAUAAUUUUGAAUGAAAACGAAAAAAAAACACACACACACACAAAAAUCUGCAUAUAUACACGAAACGUCUAGAAUGUAAUUGUAUUUUUUGAAUCGGAACGAAAAAGUGUGAUAUAUUAUUUGAUUGUGUGGGUGUGCGUGUGGUUUUAGUUCUCCGAUUCAAGCCUUUUCAAAUAUCCGUCCAAAAAGUAUUUAGUAAUGAAAACAUUCUCAAUAAAUUCGUUGAUUCAAUAAUGUGAAUCAUCUUAUUGACGAAUGAGAAAUAGACUUUAAGUACUGUAACAAAUAAAAAUAUUUAACGUGCCUUUUUACGAUAUUAACGAAAUAUUACGGUAACGGGGUUGAAAAGUCGAGCGACCACGAUUGAGAGAACCCUAAGAAUUUUGAUCGACGUAGCGAUCAAGAAAACAUUUCGUUUAUUUCACUUGAAUUGCUCUCGAGCAUUCGAAUUUGGAACUUUAAAUCAUAGUCAUAUGUAUUAUGUAUUAUUUGUAUCGAUAGUUUCAAGAAAAAAACAGUGUAUAGUUGAAAAAACAAAACAAAAAGAAAGUGUACUGCGAAAUAUAGAAUUGACAAUGUGAUA